UACUGCAUGUGAAAAUAAAAGUUUUGACUGGAGUUUUACUUUAAUGAUACCCUUCCUAAAACUGCUAAUCAGAAAUGUGGAGCGAUAUGAUCUUCUGUUUUAAUACAUUCAGACUCUAGGUAACCAAAUAGGCAGCGAAAACAACACAUCCAACUGGUUAAGAGAUUUAUCUUUUUCUUGAUUAAAGUUGAAAAGCCUUUUAAUUGGUGAAAGUUUUAAAGUAGAUAUGUAUUGAUAGAAUUGCAGCUUUUUGCUGAGUAGGACUUUUUGCUGUUUUUCAGGCUAUGCUUUCACAGAAGAUGGGGAGUAUUUUGCCUAUGGUUUAAGUAAUAGUGGCUCCGACUGGGUAACUAUCAAGUUCUUGAAAGUUUGCAACCAGGAGGAACUGCCAGAUGUUCUGGAGAGAGUAAAAUUUAGUUGCAUGUCUUGGACCCACGAUGGUGUUGGAAUGUUUUAUAACCGUUAUCCUAAACAAGAGGGUAAAAGUGAUGGUACGGAAACAUCCACCAACCUGCAUCAGAAGCUCUAUUAUCAUGUCCUGGGAACAGACCAGUCUAAGGAUGUUUUAUGUGCCGAGUUUCCGGAUAACCCAAAAUGGAUGGGAGGUGCUACGGUCUCUGAUGAUGGUCGGUAUGCACUGUUGUCUAUCAGUGAGGGUUGUGAUCCGGUUAACCGUUUAUGGUAUUGUGAUUUGCACAAGCAACCACAUGGCAUCAAUGGUAUUCUUCCUUGGGAAAAGCUCAUAGAUAACUUUGAUGCAGAAUAUGAUUAUAUCACAAAUGAAGGAACUGUCUUCACAUUUAAGACCAACCGUAAUGCCCCAAAAUACAAGCUAAUUAACAUAGACUUCAGUGACCCUGUGGAAUCCAGGUGGAAAGAACUUGUUCUGGAGCAUGAGAAGGAUGUAUUGGAAUGGGUGGCCUGUGUUUAUUCUAAGUUCCUCGUUUUGUGCUACCUCCAUGAUGUGAAGAAUGUUUUGCAGCUGCGGGAUCUUGCCACUGGCCGCCAUCUUAAGACUUUACCUUUGGAUGUUGGCAGCAUUGUAGGAUACAGUGGUCAGAAGAAGGAUUCUGAGAUUUUUUACCAGUUCACGUCAUUUUUAUCACCAGGCAUAAUUUAUCACUAUGACCUGACCAAAGAUACAGAAGAGCCAAAAAGUUUUCCGGGAAAUUACUGUCAAAGGUUUUUAAUCCAUCGGACUACCAAACAGUACAGGAGUUUUACACCAGCAAAGAUGGAACCCAGAUACCUAUGUUUAUUAUCCAUAAAAAGGGUAUUCCUUUGGAUGGUUCUCACCCAGCAUUUCUCUAUGGCUAUGGAGGCUUUAACAUAUCCAUCACACCAAGCUACAGUGUUUCCAGACUUAUUUUUGUAAGGCACUUAGGUGGCAUACUUGCUAUUGCCAACAUCCGGGGAGGAGGAGAAUAUGGAGAAACCUGGCACAAAGCUGCCUGUUUGGGUAAGAAGCAAAACUGUUUUGAUGACUUCCAGAAUGCAGCUGAAUUUCUGAUUAAGAAAGGAUAUUCCUCUCCUCAGAACAUCACCAUUAAUGGAGGAUCAAACGGUGGCCUUCUAGUAGCUGCCUGUGCAAAUCAACGUCCUGACCUUUUUGGAUGUGCCAUUGCUCAAGUUGGUGUUAUGGACAUGCUGAAGUUCCACAAGUUUACGAUCGGUCAUGCUUGGACUACAGACUAUGGUUGCUCAGACAAAGAGGACCAGUUUGAGUGGCUGUACAAGUACUCACCACUUCAUAAUAUCAAAGUGCCUGAUGAUGGAAAACAGUACCCAUCUACAUUGCUCCUUACAGCUGAUCAUGACGACAGAGUUGUCCCGUUACACUCUCUGAAAUUUAUAGCCACUUUACAGCAUGUUGUGGGCCACAGUCCAAAGCAACAGAAUCCACUUUUCAUCCAUGUUGAUACCAAAGCUGGCCAUGGGGCAGGAAAACCCACUACUAAAGUGAUUGAGGAGGUUUCUGACAUGUUUGCCUUCAUUGCACGAUGCCUGAACCUUAGUUGGAUUGAAUAA